GCAAGGGAGACGGCAGCGGUUCAUUCAUCAUCUUCUCCCUCCGAAGGCGAGUUCGCCGGCCAAAUCUCACUUUUACACCAGGGAGGGAGUGUUUGGGACCCAAAGGCUACGCGGAGAACAGGGGAACAAGCUUCCGUCACCCGCACGCACGAGGAGCAGAUACUUUUUUUCCUCCCCAAAAUCAUUUGCAGAGAGGCGAGGCAUCAUGGGGAAACACAACAGCAAGCUGGCCCCAGAGGUCCUGGACGACCUGACCAAGAACACGGAAUUCAACGAGGCCGAGCUCAAGCAGUGGUAUAAGGGCUUCCUCAAGGACUGCCCUUCCGGCAUCCUCAACCUGGAGGAGUUUCAACAGCUCUACGUGAAGUUUUUCCCGUACGGCGACGCCUCCAAGUUCGCCCAGCACGCGUUCCGGACCUUCGACAAGAACGGCGACGGGACCAUCGACUUCAGGGAGUUCAUCUGCGCCCUGUCCAUCACUUCCAGGGGCAGCUUUGAGCAGAAGCUCAACUGGGCCUUCAACAUGUACGACCUGGACGGCGAUGGCAAGAUCACCCGCGUGGAGAUGUUGGAGAUCAUCGAGGCCAUUUACAAGAUGGUGGGCACGGUGAUUAUGAUGCGCAUGAACGAAGACGGCCUGACCCCGCAGCAGCGUGUCGACAAGAUCUUCUCUAAGAUGGACAAGGACCACAACGACGAGAUCUCCCUGGAGGAGUUCAAGGAGGCGGCCAAGUCGGACCCCUCCAUCGUCUUACUGCUGCAGUGCGACAUGCAGAAGUAGACGCCCGUUUUGUGGAGUGGGGGGAGCUCAAGAGAGGAAAGUGGAGGAGAUGGAGGGAGGAAAAAUCGAGGAUUGCCAGGAGACCCCCCUCUCCCCUCUCCCGCCCCCCAGCGUUUAGAGAAAUUGCGGCGGUUUUGUUCGUUUCAUCACUAUGAAUCAAGGGAUAUUUAGAAAAGCAUCCCAAAAAGAACAGAGAUUCCAAUUUGGAAUGACGACACCGAUAGGAAGAGGAUUGAAAAUUUGCCAGGAUGGUGACCAGCGCACGCGUGUCCACAUGAACGCGUCACUGCCGUGUUUGGGUGGCAUCGGUCGAAUCCCCUCGCGCAUUUUGAAAUGGAUUACCGUACAACAUGACAUCUGGUCUUAAAGCAAACGUCAUGAAAAAGUUCAUGAUUCAAAACAGUGUCAGGGAAGAUGACACGCUACUUGUUUUGAAGCCCGCCCAGAGUCGCAGGAGAAAAAAAAAAAAAAGAGUCUCCGAUAAAGGAUUGUUUCUGUGCAAGCGAUUACAAAGUAAAAUGUCAACUUCUUACCGCGUUCCCGUCGCGAUGGCAAAUUAUGGACUCAUGUUAAACGCAUGACGUUUACGUUGAAGAUGCGCAAGAAGUGACGAUAAUUGCAUGACUCAAGACAGCGACUAUUACCUGUCAAGGCCAAACGGUCGUCUCCAAUUGAAUGCGGAGCCAGCGUCUCGCUCGCUCGCCUCUCCUCCCUCUGCCGUCCUCUUCUCGCUCGUUUUGUCUCCGUCUUUCUUCCCCCGAAAUGUCAAAAGGGAAGCGCUUUGAUUUGUGGCGCAGGUAGAGGAAGGAACUCUGUUGAACUCCGCUCUGAUCUCGAAAG